AUGGAGGGGUCUCAAGAAGAUGCAGACAUGGAGGAGAAUGUGGUUGCGAGAACAAAGGCUGCUGCAUUGUUUGAGCAAGAGGAGCUUGUCUUCCGGGCAUCGAAUCCAGAUAUCUUUGCAAGAGAGCGCGAACAGUUUCCGGUCAUGGAGAUGUUGGCCAUCAUCGUCCAGAACGAGAGCAUGCUCAGGCAGAUCAACGAGUCAGGAUGUCUUGCGAUUCUCACAAUGCUUGCAGCACUCUGUUCACAGCCGUUGAACAACGUAGAGACGCUGUUCUGCAAACAGCAGCGGCAAGCUGCACCAGGGCUGUCAUGUUUGCCUUCAUUGCAACAAUCACUCUUCAUGGAGCUUCUAACACAGGACAGCAUGGAAGAGAAACUUUCCCAGUGGGUUGCUUCUGAGGAACUGCCGAUGUGCUCGUAUGGAGCUGGGCUGCUAUCACUGGCCCUGUUGGACGACCAGGAGUAUCAGUGUGCAGACGAGAUCGUGCGGAAAGGGUUGGUCCCGAACAUGUUCAAGAGACUGAGUGGGGAGGCUGAGAGGGAGGCUGGUGUUUGUCAGGACAACGCUCUUGGGACAGCGAUCAGGCUGAUGGAGAGAUCCGACAAGAUCCUGUGCCACGAGACCCUUCGCAUGCUUGCGGCGCUCCUCUUUCAUCGAAAGUUUGCCCUUGUCUUCGUGGAGCAUGAUGGUCUUCAGCGGCUCCUUGAGCUUCCUGAGAUGUCCUACUACGCAGGAUCCACCGCCCUCUGUCUCCUAAACCUGGUUCACUUCAGGGGCGUCAUCGACAAACUCUGCGCACACCCGAGGCCCACUUCCAAGCAGCUUGUUCAGUUCCUCCUGCAGCUCGUCGAGUACAGGGACGAGGUUGCCACCAGCAACGUCCUGCAGUCGUUCGCUAAGGUUCUGGCGUACGAGCAUGCCUUCUUGAAGCCCUUCGAUGAGCUGGGAGGACCCUUGGAAAGCUGCCGAUGCUUGAUGAAUGUGGUCAGGAUCUGCCUGGAAAAUACGGGUGAAGGAAGGCAGAGGGUGAAAGGAGGAGGGAAAAGUGUCGCCAAGUGGUGCGGGCUGGCCCUGAGGAACUUCGUCCGCGCUCAUCUCCUCGUUGCUGCUGAGCAUCUUGAGCGCGUGGAGGCGGAUGGAGACGCGGCAGCGAGAGAAGCGAAGCCGAGCAACAAGGCCAACCAUGCCCUUCGCCCGAACAAAGCUGUGUCACCCGAUGACGAGGAGCAAGUUGCUAAGGCGUGCAUACUGCUGGAGAGAAGGACGAGGAUUCAGGAAGGAAGGUGGAGCGAAGACAGGAGGAGGAGGAGGAGGAGGAGGGGAAGGUUUGUAGACCCUGCCGACUGGGCAGCAGCAGUGCAGGAGGUGGCUGGCAACGGAGGUCUCGAGCUCCUGCUGCAGCUGCUCCAGUUUGCCGCGCAAACUCGUCUUUGCGAGCUGGCAGCUUACAUCCUGCAGACUAUGCAGAUCACGUGCCUGUUGCCGAUGAUAAGGAUGGACCUGAUGGAGACGAGCCUUGACUCGGAGGACGGAGACGUCAUGUCAAGUGCCCUUCACGCCAUCUGCACCUGCGUCGGAUGCUCCGCUCCGCCCUUCACUGGCCGGGCCCUUCACCAGCACGUCCAUAGUAUGGACGGCAACCGAGCUCUGACCACCUGGGGGUCCCUCCACUGGGACUCCAACGGCCCCAACGCAACUUGUCGCCGAGUGUGGAAGUCUCUCCAGGACUGCGAUGGGAUCAGGGUGCUGAGUGCCCUGCUGAGGGGCAACAGCGAGUAUACAUCACAUGACCGUAUCAGAGCUCUGGCGUGCCGGGCCCUGACUGGGCUCAGCUACGAGCCAAGGAUCCAGCAAAUCCUGCAAGAGUCUCAACUUGCUCUUGCGCUGUCGGAGCUUCUGAAGCAGUCUGCCUCCUACCUCAUCUCCUGUAUCACCGGUCGAGCGCAGCACACUGUGCUAGACGUGGCUGGCGAUAGCGCGCUGCGAAAGAUCGAGAAGGCAGCAACUGUAGAACAAGCCACGAUAUCAUAUGACAACAGAGAGUUGCUGAGACUUGUUCAAGCGCAUCUUGUCUCGUCUGGUCUUCACAAGGCAGCAAG